GGAUUUAUAACUGUGAACUGCCUACUGUGGAAAAUGGUAAACAAAGACAUGAAUGGAUUCCCAGUCAAGAAAUGCUCAGCCUUCCAGUUUUUUAAGAAGCGGGUACGACGAUGGAUCAAGAGCCCGGUGGUCACCAUGGACAAGCAUCAGAGCCCCGGUCUGAAGUACACAGGCCCCUCUGUGGCACACACUCCAGGGGAGCCAGACUUUGAGCCUCCCUUGUGUCAGACAUGCCUAGGAGAGCAUGCUUUCCAAAGAGCCGUCCUGCCUCAUGAGAAGGAGUCAUGCUCAUGGGACAUCCAAUCUGGGAGUGAAGUGAAAGAGCCAUGUAAUCAAGCCAGCAUCCCGACUAAGCCCGAUCCAAGAAACUUCUGGACUAAUGAUGAUUCAGCUUUCAUGAAACAGAGGAGGAUGGGUCUGAACGACUUUAUUCAGAAGAUUGCCAACAACUCCUAUGCUUGCAAACACCCCGAAGUGCAGUCUAUUUUGAAAAUCUCCCAACCUCAAGAGCCAGAGCUUAUGAAUGCCAACCCUUCACCUCCGCCCAGCCCAUCUCAGCAAAUCAACCUUGGCCCAUCAUCCAAUCCUCAUGCAAAACCAUCAGACUUCCACUUCUUGAAAGUCAUUGGGAAAGGCAGUUUUGGCAAGGUUCUGCUAGCGAGACACAAGGCAGAAGAAGCAUUCUAUGCCGUCAAGGUUUUGCAGAAGAAAGCAAUCCUGAAAAAGAAGGAGGAGAAGCACAUCAUGUCAGAGCGGAAUGUUCUGCUGAAGAACGUGAAACACCCUUUCCUCGUGGGUCUUCAUUUUUCUUUCCAGACUGCCGACAAGCUGUAUUUUGUCCUGGACUACAUCAAUGGUGGAGAGCUGUUCUACCACCUCCAGAGGGAGCGCUGCUUCCUGGAACCACGAGCGCGUUUCUAUGCUGCUGAGAUAGCCAGUGCCUUGGGUUACCUGCACUCUCUGAACAUCGUUUAUAGAGACUUAAAACCAGAGAAUAUUUUGCUGGACUCACAGGGACACAUUGUCCUGACUGACUUUGGGCUCUGCAAGGAGAACAUUGAACACAACGGGACGACAUCCACCUUCUGCGGCACCCCUGAGUAUCUGGCUCCAGAAGUGCUUCAUAAGCAGCCUUAUGACAGGACCGUGGACUGGUGGUGCCUGGGGGCCGUUUUGUACGAGAUGCUGUAUGGCUUGCCUCCCUUUUACAGCCGAAACACUGCUGAGAUGUAUGACAACAUUCUGAACAAGCCCCUCCAGUUGAAGCCAAAUAUCACGAACUCCGCGCGACACCUGCUGGAGGGCCUUCUGCAGAAGGACAGGACCAGGAGGCUGGGCGCCAAGGAUGACUUUAUGGAGAUUAAGAAUCAUGUGUUCUUCUCCCUAAUUAACUGGGAUGAUCUCACUAAUAAGAAGAUUACGCCCCCUUUUAACCCAAAUGUGAGCGGGCCCAGCGACCUGCGGCACUUUGACCCCGAGUUCACCGAAGAGCCCGUCCCCAACUCCAUCGGCAGAUCCCCCGACAGCAUCCUCAUCACAGCCAGUGUCAAGGAAGCAGCCGAGGCGUUCCUGGGCUUCUCGUAUGCACCCCCCAUGGACUCUUUCCUCUGAGCAGCCCUCAGUGACUUCUGAAGGAUUCUCUGUGAUCCUGAAGGUUUCAGUUAGCCUCCUGGUAGAGCUGCCAGCUGACAGGCCAUUUUAAAGGAGGAUUUGCACAUCUCUGGAAGCUGGGAGAUUGGCACUGCACACUUUGCUGGAAGCUUUUCGAAGAGCACACCCUCCUUCCAGUGAGCGGAGGUUUCCAUGGCCCUCUCUCUCUCCCUCUUCCUUCCAACGUGGUGCUAUCUCAGAGAAGCAGUAGGGCGAGCCCCCGGGCCAGGGAGCCCCGGAGGCUUUUCAGAGGAAGGCUCUUCCGAAGGGCUGUCCGGGCCGCGAUGCUGAUGACUAUGAAAUGUGCCUUUUCUGAUGAGAUCAUGUUAGCUCCAAAGCUUUUCCUAUCACAGAGCGGUCCGGCUCCUAUCUUCCCUCACGGGGUCUGCUGUACUAGCGGCGCCGUAGAGUGGUGUGCUUGUUCACAGGUAGGUUGCGUUCUAAGCAUCAAUGUGACACUUGCAAGACACUACAACGUGGGACAUUGUUUCUUCCAUAUUUGGAAGCUAAAUCUAUGUGUAGACUGCUUUUGUUUCAUUUCGUUUUUGUAAAAUAUACUUAAGAACUAAAAUUUAUGGAAACAGUCUUGCGAUGACUUGUACCCAGAUGCUUACAGAAAGCAUUGCUGCUACGAAUAUUUCUAUUUUCAGAAGGGUUUUUAUGGACCAAUGCCCAGCUGUCGGUCGAAGAGGUUGGUGUUUUCAUUGUUUAAAAUGUCACCUGUAAGAUGGGCAUUAUUUAUGGUUGUUUUUUUCAUUCCUGAUCAUUGUAUGUGUUGUAUAAAAAAGAUAGUCUGUACAUUGGGUUAUAUAACAUUAGAAUAUUUAAACUUACAUAUUUGUAUUGUAAUCCACUAUUUUAAUGUACUGUAAUUAACAUGGUUAUAAAAUGUACAAUCCUCCCUCCCCAAUCACACAACUUUUUUGGCGUGUGAUGAACCAAUUUUGGUUUGCAAUAAAACCUGGAAACAUA